AAAAUUUUAAAACUAAAUAAAUGGGUGUUUCCGUUUUCACCGCGAAGUAUAGGGAAGAGGAGAGACGAGUUGGAAACAGAAAGAAAGCAAAAAAAAAAACAUUUCUAUUAUCGAUCCUUUCAGCUUUGCUCUAAAAGGGUUGAUCGGAAGCGCUAGGAUUUGAGAGGAAGACAAUGGCGAAUCGAAUAGACCACGAGUACGAUUACUUGUUCAAGAUCGUCCUCAUCGGCGACUCCGGCGUCGGCAAAUCCAACAUCCUCUCCAGAUUCACCAGAAACGAGUUCUGCCUCGAAUCCAAAUCCACCAUCGGCGUCGAAUUCGCCACCAGAACUCUACAGGUUGAAGGCAAAACAGUGAAGGCUCAGAUUUGGGAUACAGCAGGGCAAGAGCGUUACAGAGCCAUCACCAGCGCUUACUACAGAGGAGCCGUCGGAGCUCUCCUCGUCUACGACAUCACCAAGAGGCAGACCUUCGAGAACGUCCUGAGGUGGUUACGCGAGCUCAGGGACCACGCCGAUUCCAACAUUGUGAUCAUGAUGGCCGGUAACAAAUCGGAUCUGAACCACCUGAGAUCCGUUGCUGAUGAGGACGGUAGGUCUCUGGCUGAGAAGGAAGGUUUGUCGUUUCUGGAGACGUCUGCUUUGGAAGCGAGUAACAUCGAGAAAGCGUUUCAGACUAUAUUGUCUGAGAUUUAUCAUAUCGUGAGCAAGAAGGCGUUGGCGGCGCAGGAAGCUGCGGGUAAUCUUCAGGUUCCGGGGCAAGGUACUGCGAUUAACAUAACGGAUUCGUCUGUGGGUAAGAGUAAAGGAUGCUGUUCUACCUAGUUAACCCUCAAUGACUUAUAUCAAUCAGUCACACGUUUGAUCUUUUACCAAUUUUUUUUGGUUCUUGGCUUGAUUUCAGCAAUUAUAGCAAUACCUUUUUGCUUCCCAGUCUAUUUUAUUUUUUGGAUUUAUGUUACAGAUUGCUGUAUUGAAACUGUGAUCAUUCCACAGUAUUUCUCAGAAAGGAAAGAUCUUUGUUUCUUUAUUGUUAUGUAAAAGUCUUAUGCAGACACAUUCACGGAUGAAGAAGCUCUCUGCCUUCUCUUGGCUAGCUUUGAUGGGAAAAAGUCUCUUGAACAUUUCAAAAUGUACAGACAACAAAAGGAAUAAAAUAAAAAAUAUGGGGACCACUAAUAAACUUAUAAUAAAAAAAAAUGGAGGGAGAGGGCGAUGCGCACGAGGGGCUGCGUAAGCAUUUGCGAUUUUACGGGUCAAAAAUGUAAAAACAAAAAGUUAGAUGAGAAAAAAAGAAAGAAAUAUCAGACUGGUGACAGUCUGUUGUUUUCGUUUCACUCGUGGCCUCUCUCCCACCUCUUUCUUCCUUCUACAUCUUCCCCCGAAUCUCUCUCUCUCUCUCUAGAUCCAUCAAUGGCGUCCCUCGUCGAAUCCGGUUGGCAGUACCUUGUGACACAUUUUAGCGACUUUCAACUGGCCUGCAUCGGGAGUUUUCUCCUCCAUGAAAGCGUCUUCUUCUUAUCUGGCCUCCCUUUCAUUUAUCUAGAAAGGCAAGGCUUUCUCACCAAGUACAAGAUUCAGG